AUGCACAUUGUUAAUUCUUCCCAAGCUUCUGAUGAUUUUGAAGAUACAAAUGGUUCGACCGUAUUCAUCAAUCCGUGUGAAGGAACUCCUUUAGCGCAGCAGCCAAUCAGGAUCGAACCUAACGACCAUCAAAAUAUAAAUGAAGCAAAUUUGCCUCAAUUAAUGACCGAUAACGCAGCAAACAGACAAUCACCAAUUGACCCAUGUCAACGGGAUUCGAAUCUUUUACAAAAAUCGGUAGAACAAGUAACUGAGAUUUCGGAACAAGCUCAAACUGCCAAUUCACUUUCACAAAAUUUAAGUGAAAUUAUGAAUACGAAACUCACUGUCGUUAACAACACGCAAAGAUCGGAAUCGAUCCAAGCUCAAAAUAAACAAACUUCUGAUAAUUUGCUUUUUCAUAAUUUAUCAUCUGACACUAAAGAUAAGCAAAUGUCGGAAUCUUUUAGGUCUUCAGACAAAAAUAUCGAGUUUCAAUUUAUGAAUUUAAACCUUUUUUCUGGUGAUUCUUCUCAACCAUCUCAACAUUCUCACCAUGAUCAACAAUUAGAAAAUGCAAUUACAACUGGUUUCGAACAAAUAAUGAAUUCGAGCAUAUUUGCUAAUAUACAAAAAGGAAUUUCUACUCAGUCUCAAUCUGAUGAAUCAUUUGAAUUGACGUCAGAUCAAGAUGCUAUCCGAAAAAAACCAACUAAUGAAAUUCCUAGGAUGGAAACAAAUUUUGGGAAUGAUAUUGAGAGCAGAAUUGAUCCAAAGGAAAAUAUCCGCAAAGUUCUCAAAAAUAAUAAAUAUCAUUCGCUUAAUUCCAAACAUGGUAAAGAUUUAGCUGAAUAUAUUCCCGGCUUUUAUCGUUUAUUAGACUUAUGCAAAGAUGAUGGAUCAAAUGGCCUAGAAUCGCAAUCAUCUGUAAAUAAUCCUUCUUUACGUCCUGGUAUUUAUUUAUUGGUAGUGAAUCCAGAUUUAGGUUUAGUCAUUCAUUGGCCUGAAGAAGGAUGUUACGAGGAAAAUGCUUCUUCGCAACGUAAAAAGAAUAUGACUAAUCUACAUAGAUAUUUGACAAAGCUUACUGAUCAUCAACUUUGCUUUAUGAGCGAUAAAGAUCUGGAAAGUUUUGACUGGAAAUUAGACAAACCCGAUGAUGAUUCAGACGACGACGAAGUGAGUUAUGAGUAUGAAGUCAAGAAAAGUCAAGAAGAACAGGAAAAAUUCAUAAUCUAUCCCGGAUUUAAGAUGAAUUUAUCUAAUAAAACCAAAACCGAAAUAAAUAACACCACUCAAGAUGAAAUACCGUUAUAUCCAAUCGUGAAAGAAGAUGCAGAAAUUCUUACUAGAAUGAUGUGGAAGAAAUUAAAAGAUUCUUAUAGUUCAUUUGAAGGAUCGAUCGAUAGCAAUACCACACCACAUGAAAUUGGAGAUGACGAUAUCAAAAGAAUUCAAGAUAAAUAUCCCGAUAUCGAAGCGAAGAUAAACGAAAAAGUUAAAAUAAAUUCCGUUGAAUGGCGUAAACUGAAAAAAAGAUUUGUUUUAGCCUAUAUUACUACUCAACAGGUUUUUAACAUCUCUGACUUGAAUUCUGAACAAAAACAAGAAAUGACAAAGUCAGGGAUCCAAGCAUUUUACGAAUUGUUCAAUGACAAAGAGAAUGAUACAUAUAAGCUUGUAAAAAAUUAUGAGCGUCAAUCACGUGGUUUUUUUUAUUCUUUAUUGUCCAAGUUUACGACAAGUAUUCAAGAUUCGUAUAUUAAUAAAUUAGAUCAAUGUUGUAGAGAUUAUGUGCUUAAAAAAUCAGACACUGAAUUCGUUCAGGAGCUUAAGUCAUAUUUUGGGGAUUUUACCGAUAUACAGUCAAAUGUGGUAACCGCUUUCCACAAUGAAUACCAGAAAUGGAGAAAGGAUACUUUUCCAAGUAAUAUUAAAGAGAUAAUACCCAAAUUUUCCUUUAAAGAAUUAAAUGAUAAGUUAAGCCACGAACUCUCGCAAGCGAAUAAAGAAAUUGAGGUUCGUGAAUUUGAAAGGAUAUGUAGCGAAUUGGAAAAUAAAUAUCGUGAUGGUAAUAGCUAUUCUCGCAGUAAAUCUUUUCGAUUAAAUUUUGAAUUUGAGACCACUCAACCAAAUCAAUUGCAGAUAUCCAUUUACGAAACUUCAUUAGAUCAAUCAGAUACCUUACAAAUUCAAAAUGACGGGCUUCAUAUACCUAAUUUGCAUCCAAAUAAUCAAUAUGGAACUACCUUUCAGAUAGAUCCUGCGAUUUAUGAUUUCAAGAAAAUAUCUCAAUUGGAUAAUCGCAAAUUUCUUCUCGUGCUUUACAAUAAGAAAUCACGAAAAAUCGAAAUAUUCUUUGGUUCUUCCCAACACAUAAUACAAACUUUCAAGACGAAUAAACCUUUUAAAUAUCUGAAUACAGAUGAAAAUUUUCUUAUUGCGAUUAAUGAGCCAAAAGAAUUAAUUGCUAUAUAUCGAUAUACAGAAAAUGAUAUUGUGUUAGAUGUGUAUGCCUUAUAUGACGGUCAAACACAUUUUUAUGCGCGAAAUUCAAAUAUUCAAUUGUUACAGUGGUAUAAUAAUACG